GUUACUGUUAGAAACCAAGUAAACGAUCACAUCAAAUAGGAAAAAUAAUGUUGGGAGAAGAAAAUCCAGCAAAAGCCAGAGUUGCAUUUGGAGCUACAGGAGAUAGAGAAGUAUUUCCUACUCACGUACCUCAUAACAAAAUAGGAGCGGAAUUAAAUCCAAUAAGAGGAUGUCCAGAGAUCGGUCCGGGAACAUACGAAAAUGAAAAGCAAACAAAUUUUCAAUACGAAAUAGAUAACUUUAUAACAAGUAAAGAAGGUUAUUCAUUAGGAGCUAGAACCGCAAACCGAUUUCCCAAGACUCAUAAGUCAGAUGCUCCGGCACCUACAGCAUAUCAGAGUGAUAAUACAUCAUUAAGAACAUUUGAAACCGCCUACAAACCAUUCUGCGCUGCUUCGAAACGUUUCAAAGACGAUAGUUCGGAUGAAAAGCCCUCACCUGGAGCUUACGAACACGAAUUAAAAUUGAAUCGUAAAGUUGAAUGGCAUCAAUCUUUCGGAUCUGCACCAAUCAACCUCCCCUCUGCCAGUAAACACAGUACAAUUGGAAAAAACACUGAUAAACUUAAAAGUACAAAAGAAGAGAAGAAAUUUCAAAGGAAUUUGGCAUAUCUUAAAUUGUAUUAUUAA